AGAUCUAAUGGCGUUGAAGGCUUCUUGACUUAGCAAAAAGGUUACAAUCUUAGCUUAGAAAAGAUGUCUGGUUGGGAAAAUAUGGACAGAAACAUAUUAGCCAAGAUAUUUGGGAUGCUUAACGUAAUUGACAUAAUUAUGGGGGCAUCACGCGUCUGUAUCUCUUGGUUCCUUGCUUCUCACAAUCGGACUUUAUGGAAAAGUAUAAAUUUAACUGAUCUCAAACCAAUAAGUUUAGAUGAUAAUCCCAAGAAAGCCGAGUUUCUUCUAGAUAACAAUGAUGAAGAAAGACGAUAUCAACUCAGAGAUAUCCUCAUGGAGAUAACUAAAUUCAGCAAUACUAUCACUACAGAUCUAUUUCUGGACUACUAUUACUAUAUACAAGAGGAGGAUCUUGCGAUCAUUGCUGAGAGGAUGCCAAACAUAAAAAAAAUUGCGUUCACGCUCUGGUGUGAUCUUAACGAGAAUUCGUUCCAGUUUACUUUCAGCAGGUGGAAGAAUCUCCAAACGCUGAUCCUCACUCAACCUAGGUUCGAAAAACUAGAUCUCGAUCUUCGAGCUAUUGGAGAUAACUGCCAAAGCCUCACUAACCUAAAACUUAUUCGUACACUAACCCGAGAUCUAGCUGAGCAACUUGUAUGUAAUUUCUCUACCUUGAAGAGGUUAAGUUUUCAAUGUGCAUCUGUAUGCAAUAUAGCACUACUAUCACUCAUCAUCAACCACCACAACCUCAAGAUCCUAAACCUUUCACAUUGCAUUUACGCGGAAAUUAUUAACGAAAUAUUUGGCGAUGAGGAUGAGUUGGGUUUGUUACCUAGCGAAAAUAUCAUACAAACUGGCACUCAAAACCUUGACGCAUUUAUCGUGUGUUCAAAAGACUGUAAGGUGUGUAAAGAGGUAUGGGAUAUUGCAUGGCGUGGUGCGGGUAAUAACUAUAAGUAUUACAUGUUUCAGAAUAAAAAAUGGAAAACUGAUGCGAUAAAGGAACUUGAAUUUUAAAUUGUGAAAGGUUUGUUAUUAAUGUGUUAUCGGUAAAUGUUUAUUUUCAUGCA